AUGGCGGACGAGCUUCAGGUUCUAGUGCAUCAACGAGGCACAGUGAAAGGAAAACUUACGCGCAUUAAAAAUGCAAUACAACGAAACGUACAGGAAGGAAUAGCAGCAGAUGAAUUUCUACUACGCACUUAUAUGAAAACAAUUGACGCCGCAUACGAAGAAUUCAACACGUUCCAGAAUAAAAUGUACGCGCUGGUGCCGGGAAAUGCCGACGAACAGGAAGGGAAAUACAUCGAAUUCGAAGAGUUGUACAAUGAUGUGAGAUCGUGUGUGUGCAGGUUACUUGAGCGAAUAAAGCAGGAAGCAAAUCCGUUAGACGCAGCUCCGAAUGUUAACAUACUGGCAGCUGCUCCACAGCCACGACAGACGUCAUUUCUUCACACACCAUUACCUGUAUUCGACGGAAAACCGGAGAAUUGGUUCAAAUUUAAGGCCAUUUUCACGGACGUGAUGAGCAAAUACCCCGGCGAAUCCGAUGCAACGAAACUCUACCACUUGGACAAGUGUUUAAUAGGAGAGGCUACAGGAGUAAUCAACCAACAAACAAUAAACGACAACAAUUUUGCAGCAGCCUGGGACUUUCUUACACAGCGGUAUGAGGACAGGAGGAAAAUUGUUGAUAUUCACGUCAGUGGUCUAUUAAAUCUAAAGCCGAUGGACAGCGAGAAUGCAAAACAGCUGCGGAAUUUAGUGGAUGAAUGCAAGCGUCAUGUCGAAGCGCUUAAAUUUCUCAACUAUGAGCUGAUUGGUCUGUCUGAUAUUCUGGUCGUCGACAUCCUUGCGUCUCGGUUGGACAUAGAUACUCGCAAGCUUUGGGAAAGCAGUAUUAAUCACGGUGAUAUUCCUACUUAUGCUGAUACGAUUUCGUUUUUGACUACCCGUUGCCAAGUGUUAGAGCGGGUAUGCCCAACGUUGGUUUCGUCAAAGCAAAAGAAAACAUUUGGUUCUGGCACAACUGCCAAAAUUCCUCCAUUGAAGAUGUCAACAUUGGCAGCAUCGGUCGAAAUAAAGUGUACGUUUUGUGGGCAAGCUCAUCCCAAUCACCAAUGCGAAGACUUUUUGAAGCUUUCAGGUCACGAACGCUACGAGAAAGCAAAAGUUAACGGAGUUUGCUACAAUUGCUUACGAAAAGGACACAUCACAUCUCGAUGCACGUCUACAAUGUCAUGCAAAUACUGUAGAAGGCGGCACCACUCAACAUUGCAUUUGAAUACUACUUCAAACACAGCUACAGAAGGAUUGCGUAAGCAACUUACUUCGUCGCCUCAAGUGCAAUCGGAAAGCUUUACUACUACAAACAACGAUGCCUCUACGCAGUCGGCAAUCAACGCGUCAUGUACGGUCUAUCAACAACGGGCCUUGCUAUGUACUGCAAUUGUUAAUGCUUUUGACAGCAGCGGAGCAGCACAACCUUGUCGGGUGCUGCUUGAUUGUGGAUCACAAGUGAAUUUAGUAACCGAAAAAAUAGCCACUCUACUACAACUAAAGCGACAUCCCGUAGAUGUAAAAAUCAUAGGAAUUGACGGCACAGAAACGAAGGUAACAAUGUUAGUGCAAGUGGAAGUGCAAUCUCGGAGUGAUAAAUCCACACGUACCAUCGAGUGUAUGGUGAUGAAUCGAAUCACAGGGAUUGUACCAGCGAAUUUUAUUGACUCGUCAUCUUGGCCGAUGCCUACUGGUCUUUUUCUAGCGGAUCCAGAAUUUUAUCGCCCGCAACGAGUAGACAUGCUAGUCGGUAUCGGACACUUUUUCGAACUACUGAAGACAGGUAAGGUAAAACUUGCAGAGAAUUUGCCUUAUCUACAGGAGACAUCAUUUGGAUGGGUAGUCGGAGGGUUAGUUGACUCUUCAAGCUGGACAUAUAAAGUCAUGCAGUGUCAUGUUGCAUCACAAGAAGCAGACCUUGAUGUACUUAUACAAAAAUUUUGGGAAUAUGAAGAGGUACCUACUGAUACAACACUGCAGUCAGAGGAAGCAAUGUGCGAGGAAUUCUACAAUCGAACUCAUACCAGAGAUGCUUACGGAAGAUAUGUAGUUAAGUUGCCGUUUCGUGAAAAGGUGAAUCAACUUGGUGAUUCCAAACAACACGCGCUGCAGAGAUUCGCUUACCUGGAGAAAAAGCUUGCUAAGGAUCCUGAUCUCAAAACAGCUUAUUGUGCAUUUAUUCAAGAAUACAUCACGCUUGGCCAUUGUCGAGUCAUCGAUCCAUCUGAAGAUGUUUCAACGGGAUACUUUUUACCACAUCACGCCAUUCUUAAGCCCACGUCAUCUACUACGAAGUUACGCACCGUUUUCGAUGCAUCAGCAAAAACUACCUUUGGCAUAUCAUUGAACGAUACUCUUAUGGUGGGUCCCACACUGCAAGAUCCAUUGUUUGACAUCGUGUUGCGGUUUCGUACCCAUGUAUUUGUGUUCACUGGAGAUCUUUCAAAGAUGUAUCGAAUGGUAAAGGUUCAUCCGGAACAUGCAAAGUUUCAGCGAAUUUUCUGGCGACCAGAGCCAUCUGACGAAUUGAAAAUGUUUGAACUUGCCACUGUAACUUAUGGUACAGCUGCUGCACCGUAUCUAGCUACACGUUCACUGCUGCAAUUAGCAUUAGACGAGGGGCAUAACCAUCCACUUGCUGCAGAGAUAGUUAUUAAAGAUUUUUAUAUCGACGAUGUUUUGACAGGUGGUGAUUCCCUAGAGGAAAUAAUGACGAUGCGCGCUGAGCUUGAGGAAAUGCUGGGAAAGGGUGGCUUUACAUUGCAUAAAUGGUGUUCGAACUCUACUCAAUUUAUAGAAUCCGUUCCCGAGGAGUUGCGAGAAAAGCAGAUGGCAUUGAAACAACAAGGUACCAACAACGUAAUUAAAACAUUGGGUAUGCUAUGGAACCCUAGCAAAGAUACGUUUUUAUUUCAAAUUAACCACACUGACCACGAGCAUCCCGUUACUAAGCGCUAUAUUCUUUCGGAGAUAGUAAAGAUAUUUGAUCCGUUAGGAUUACUCGCACCGGUAAUUAUAAUUGCUAAAUUUAUCAUGCGCCAACUAUGGAGAUUAAAAAUACCUUGGGACGAAGAGCUACGACAAGAACAGAUACGCAGCUGGCAUCAGUUUCGGAAUGGGUUACCAUCAUUGAUCAAUUUAGAAGUGUCAAGGCUAGUUCUUUCUCCUAAUAGAAUUUCUUUGGAACUCCAUGCGUUCUCGGAUGCAUCAAUGGAGGCAUAUGGCGCCUGUGUUUAUCUACGCAGCAUCCUGAAUGAUGGUACCGUCACAGUUCAUUUACUUACCAGUAAGACACGAUUGGCAUCCAAUGUAACAAUUCCAAAACUUGAACUGUGCGCUUUUCGAUUGAUGGCAAGGCUAGUAAAGCAAGUUGAAACGGCUCUGAAAUUGGAGUUUAGUCAAAAGGUGCUUUGGACCGACUCACAAAUUGUUUUAUGGUGGCUGAAGAAGGAUCCUCGUGCUAUGAAGGCAUACGUCGCGAAUCGAGUUACGGAGGUGCUAGAGCUAACGCAGACUUACGAUUAUAAAUAUGUACGAACAAAUAACAAUCCCGCAGAUCUCUUAACUAGAGGUCUAUAUCCAGAAAUGAUGAUUCGAAACACAACAUGGUGGUAUGGACCGGAAUACCUGAAAGAAAAUCCCUACAAGGAAGAGAAACUGCAGGAACCUGGUGAGCUACCUGAAUUGAAAUACACUUCUUUAGCUGUGUCCGUGAACGAUGAACUUCCAGUACUAUCGCGGUUCAGUUCGUUUCGAAAAUUACAACGUGUACUGGCUUAUGUCAUUCGCUUCAUUAACAAAGCCAGGAAGCAGACUAACGACGAAGUAAAAACAAAGCAUUUAACGGUUAGUGAGCUACGGUUGUCAUUGAAUUUGAUCAUACGUUUACUCCAGCAACAUCAUUUAUAUUCAGAGAUCCGUCAAAUCGAAAAGUGUCAGAAAAAUCCAUCUGGUGAUCAAUACGUUGGAAGACUGCGAAGUUUAAACCCUUGGUUGGAUGAUUUUGGAAUUCUUCGAGUUAAUGGAAGGAUCAAACAUGCUAACGUCGCCUACGAACAAAGAUGCCCUGCGAUUUUACCAGCUGAACAUCGUGUCACGAAACUUUUGAUUGAAGCUAUUCAUAAUGAAAACCUUCACGUAGGACCAAGUGGUACGCUUUCCAUUUUGCGACAAAGGUAUUGGAUUCUUAACGGUCGGAAUGUUAUUCGAAGUCAAUUGCGCAAGUGCAUACAAUGCUUUAAAGUAAAGCCAUUCGAUACAAAUAUUUACAUGGGUGACUUGCCGAAGUAUAGGGUUACGCAAGCGUGUCCGUUUGAGCGCACUGGUGUCGACUUCGCAGGUCCAAUUUACAUUCGUAAGGGACAUCCUCGCAAACCGGUUUACACAAAAGGCUAUGUUGCGCUUUUUAUAUGUAUGGUUACCAAAUGCAUCCAUAUUGAACUUGUAUCCGACCUCACAACCGAGUGUUUUAUAGCGGCUUUACACAGAUUUGUUGGACGACGAGGGCUUCCGUCAGAUAUGUUUAGCGAUAACGCUACUAACUUCGCAGGUGCUAGUUCCGAGCUGCACGAGCUUUACCUUUUACUAAGACAGCAGCAUACAAUCGAUGCACUUGAAGAUUUUCGUAUGCCACGGGAAAUUCGCUGGCAUUUUAUACCACCACGUUCACCACAUGUAGGGGGCCUCUGGGAGGCCGGAGUUAAAUCAACGAAAUACUUUAUCAGACGUACUGCGGGAGAAACGAAACUAACGGAAGAAGAAUGGCAUACGCUCUUGGUGCAAAUUGAGGGCAUGUUAAACUCUCGGCCUUUGAUUGCACAAACAGCUGAUCCGACCGACUUCAAGAUCAUCACACCCGCUCAUUUAUUGACUGGACGUGCUAUAAACGCCAUUCCAGAACCGUCAUACGAUGCGAUCAAACCUGGCACACUUUCAAGAUGGCAACAUAUCCAGAAAAUGCGUUCAGAUUUUUGGAAGCGUCGGUCCGUAGACUAUCUUUCGCAACUGCAGCAACGACAGAAAUGGAACAAGCAACAUACCAAUGUACGUGUAGGUGAUUUAGUGCUAAUGAAGGAGGACAACAUCCCACCACUCCAAUGGAAGAUGGGGAGAGUUAUCGAGCUACAUCCAGGCCAGGAUGGCUACACACGCGUCGUCUCUGUAAAAACUGCAACCGGAGUAUUUAAGCGUUCCAUAGUCAAACUAGCGGUUCUUCCCAUUGAUGACAGCGACAGGUACAGAGGAUGUGACUAA